AUGUGGUGGAGAAUUUGCAGCUUGCUGGUUUGGUUCCCCUUACAAGAAGCCUUCCUGACUAACCACACAGAAACCCUCACUGUGGAGGAAGGCCAGACGCUCACUCUGGAUUGUGUGGUUUCUCAGGCCAAGAACACCUCCCUGCAGUGGCUGGCUCCUUCCGGGUUCACCAUUUUUUUAAACAAUCAUCCUGCUUUAAAGAAUUCCAAGUUCCAGCUUCUCCAUCAUUCUAGCCAUCGGCUCUCUAUCAGCCUGCCUAACGUAACCCAGCAAGACGAAGGCGUGUACAAGUGUUUACAUUACAGCAGCUCCGUGACAACAAAGGAAGUGAAAGUGAUUGUGCUAGCUACUCCCUUCAAGCCAAACGUGGAAGCUUCAGUUACCAGAAAGCAAAACGGAGAAGAAUAUGCUAUACUUCAGUGCACCACCACAAGAAGCAAGCCCCCGCCUCAGAUAACCUGGCUCUUAGGGAACUUGGAGAUCUACGGUGAAACUCACCACAGAUUUGAAGCUGAUGGGAAGAAAUGCAACAGCACCAACACCCUGAAAGUCCGAGCCUACAGCAAGAACACAAUAGUGCAUUGCAUCAUCCGACACAAAGGUCUGCAGGGCGGGAAACUGGUCGCAGCAUUCCAGUUUGCAGAUUUGGUCACUGAUCAAGAGACCACUCCAGAUGCCCCGGAGAGAAGUUCCCCGUCCUCUCAAGACCCUCAGCAGUCCACUAGUACUGUUGCAGUAUUGGAAGAUUCCAGUGCAUCGUUAGAGAUUGGCAAGAAAAAGGAAGAACAAACCCAAGAUGUUUACCUGUCCACUGAAGAAACUUCUCAGUCAUUGGGGCUGGUGAGGAGGAAAAGUGGCAUUCUGCUGCUCAUCCUUGUGUCCUUCCUCCUUUUCAUCCUCUUCGUCAUAGUCCAGCUCUUCAUAAUGAAGCUCCGGAAAGCACAUGUGAUAUGGAAAAAAGAAAAUGAAAUUGCAGAAAACACUCUAGAAAGUUACAGAUCAAGGUCAAAUAAUGAAGAAACAUCCUCUCAAGAGAAAAAUGGUCAAGCUCCCAGCUCUAAGGGCUGCAUAAACUAUAUCACAUAUUUGUACUCAGAAGUAAAAACAAAGCAGAAGGAGAAAGCACAUCAUUCGAGCCCAAAGGAAGAGCAUACCCAGGUACCGGAGAGCAUCGUAUAGUGUCUCCAGCAACAAAAAGCACCAUUGCAGAAAAGCUGCAUCAUCGCCUUGCUGGAGCAGCCUAG